GCGUCACCACAUUUACAACUAGCAUGGCAGCUCCCAUGAAGAGUGUGGGUAGUAAACUCUCAGUUGAACGUCCAGCGUUCACUACCACUAGUUUUCAGAAGAAAACGAGGAGCAAGUUAGUUUCGAUACCCGGCACCCGACCCUCGGUUCAGAACGGACAGCUUAUAGUUUCGACGGGUGUCACAUCUCUCGACUAUCUGCUCGGUGGUGGGUUAGCAGUUGGGACACUACUUCUCAUAGAGGAGGACCGAUAUGAUAGCUACUCUCGUAUGAUCUUAAAGUACUUCCUGGCAGAAGGAGUGGUGUGUCGACAUGAACUCUUUGUGGCAGCGGUUCAAGAGAGCCCAGAUGACAUCCUACAGGAACUCCCUGCUCCCAUCUUGGAUGACAUUGCCAUCCACAAACCUGUGGAACAGCAUGGGCUACCAUGUGGACCUCAGGACAGUCUGGACUCCAUGAAGAUCGCCUGGCGCUAUCAAAAUCUUCCAAAAGUACAGAGCGCCCUGGCGUCUUCAUCCAGGUUCGGGCACUACUAUGACGUCUCCAAGACGAUGGAGCCAGAAAUUCGCCAGGCAGCCAACUGCCACCGCUUCUACUUUCCAGAGCAUCCCACCCAGUCAUCACCCACACAAAGCCCCAUGCUUGAGUCCUACUCUGCAUUGCUUAAGUCACUUCAAGAGGUCAUACACAAAGGAGGCUUUGAUGGAGCAGCACCUAUGACAAAGUCGAGGAAUAUCCUGCGAAUUGGGCUCCACUCCCUCGGCUCAGCUCUGUGGGGUGAUGACCUGUGUUGCCGUGACAACCCCAGACACAGCCACGCCCUCACCACCUUUCUGUAUGGACUGCGCGCUUUGCUGAGGUCAUCGCUCUCUGUCGCUGUAGUUACUUUGCCUUCACAUCUCAUCCAGAACAGAGCUCUAAUGGGCAGCAUAACCAGGCUAUGUGACAAUGCCAUAUCCCUGGAAUCAUUCAAGGGCUCUGAGAGAGAGACCAACCCACUCUACAAAGAUUACCACGGCCUGCUUCAUGUGCGCCAGGUACCUCACCUGAACUGUCUGGUGAGCGAACUCCCUGACCGCAAGGACCUGGCGUUCAAACUCAAGAGAAAACAGUUCAGCAUUGAGAGGCUGCAUUUGCCUCCAGACUUGUCGGAGACAGUGAGUCGUGUGAGCAGGGGCGAGCUGGCAGGAGCAGCCAUGCCGGGUUCGGCCUGCGGCUCCAGCACUUCCGGCAACAAACACUUGGACUUCUAGAGCUCCCACACAGUCGCCAGGGGCAACCAACACCUGGAACUCUGGAGCGGUGUGUCCUCUUUAAUGUGGCGACCAGGUUGUUCCCUCACCCACAUAAUGUCAACCGCGAUAACCCUGCCAGCCAUUUCCACCUGUCAGCUGUUUCAGCCAAGGGUGAAGACCUGAACAUCCUCAGUAUGUCGUAAUGGACACAUUUCAUCCAAUAUUUCAGUUCACUUUGUUCAUAAUAAAUCUACAGUAUGAUGUAUACUUUUUUCCUUACUCUGACAGUUAAUAAAUGCUCAUUCCAAGCUGUCAUCUGAAGCUCAUUAAACUCACUUUAUUUGCCAAGUUUUUAUCCCCAUGAUUUGCUUUUCUUCACCGGUAGCUGCAACGAAUGCAAACCCAAAUAGGUUUUGAAAUGUGUGAUAUAUGAAUGGCAAGGUGACAAGUAUUUAACCCAAUCAAAACCCCUUGGUUAUUUUAGUUUGUGGUCUGCCUCUGUGCCUUUGUUUACAAGUGAAGUAUAAUACUGAAACAUUUUCCCAACCAUUAUGGAUGGUCAGUCUUGGUUUACAUUCGUCUUCACGCUCAAUUUGAAUUGCAUUCACCCAAAGCAUCCAUAUUUACUUACGAGGAAAGCCUACUCCACCAUGCACCAUUUUUUGUAAUACGGCCGUUUCUCUAGGACAAUGGAAUGAACCAUACAAGAAUUAAAUAAAAGAAUAUGAACACACA